AUGACGCAGUCGAUGGCGCUGGAGGGAGUGUCUGCGCAAGAGAGCAUUCAGGAGCACGCUAAUCGCAGAGAAGAGACGUACGAACCUCAAUGUCACCGCUCAAAGGCGGUCGCUCCCUUUGCGGAGCGUCCUCCCAAACCCGCGCUGAAUCGUCGGACACGUCGGCGGUUAGCACGCGAAAUUGAAGCGGCCUCUUACCGGGUUCAUACUUCGCAGGAUUCCGAGAAGCCUCUCGUCGAGUUGAGGAAGCAUAUGGCGCGUCCACCCGGUUCUUCAUUCCUUGGUGCCAAGGCGACCCAAGCUAAGGCUACUGAUCUGAUAUUACCUUGA